AGCUGAGGUCUUCCUGCUCGUCUGAACACGUGGUUCCGUCUCCGCCUUCAGUUCCUGUCGGGUGUGAGGAGGGUGCCAGUCCUGCCUUCAACUCUUUUUCGUCUAUUUCACAGCUAGAGGAGACUUUCUGCUCCUGUUCAUUUUAUUUUGUUUUAAAUAACGCAGCACCUCCUCCUCUUCUUCUUCUUCUUCCUCCUCCCCCCCUCCCUCCUCUCCUGGCGGCGCCUCCCUCCCGGGACUCUUCCUCCAACCAGGCCGCGGAUACUUCAGCGUGGAUCCGACUCUCUCCAGUGUGUGCGUGUGCGUGUGUGUGUGUGUGGGGGGGCUGAGUGUGGAAGAAGCUGCCUGAGAUAAGAGCGUGUGUAUCCCCCCCUACCCUCCUCCUCCUCUCCUCCUCCUCCUCCAUCAUCCUCCUUCAUCUGCUCGGUCAUGACGCUGGAAGCGAUCCGCUACCGGUCCGGGUCCCUGCAGAUCCUCAACCAGCUGCUGCUGCCACACCAGACCGUCUACGAAGACGUGCGCUCCGUGCAGGACGCCUACGAGGCCAUCAAGUCCAUGAAGGUGCGUGGAGCCCCAGCCAUCGCCAUCGUGGGCUGCCUCAGCCUGGCCGUGGAGCUGCGGGCGGGCGCCGGGGGCGACGACCCCGUGACCUUCAUCAGGGAGUCUCUGUGUCACCUCACUUCAGCCCGGCCCACUGCCGUCAACAUGGGGCGAGCCGCCCGCGAGCUGAUGGAGUUUGCGGAGAACGAGAGCAUGGAGAAGAACUCGGAGCAGCUCCGGGAAAGUGUGAUUUCGUGGAUCGAAGACAUGCUGGAGCGCGACGUCAACGACAACAGGAAGAUCGGCAACUACGGAGCCCAGCACAUCCUGUCCGGCGUCCCGAGGGACUCGGUCACCAUCCUCACGCACUGCAACACCGGCUCGCUGGCCACGGCCGGGUACGGGACGGCGCUGGGCGUGGUGAGAAGCCUCCAUGCCCUGGGCCGGCUGAAGCGCGUGUACUGCACGGAGACGAGGCCGUACAACCAGGGGUCCAGGCUGACGGCGUACGAGGCGGUCGCUGAGGGCAUCCCCGCCACGCUCAUCACAGACAGCAUGGCGGCCCUCACCAUGAGGGAAAUGGACAUCACAGCUGUGGUCGUGGGGGCGGACCGAGUCGUCGCCAACGGUGACACGGCCAACAAGGUGGGCACGUACCAGCUGGCCAUCGCUGCAAAGCACCAUGGGAUCCCCUUCUAUGUGGCUGCACCCAGCACAUCGUGCGACUUGAGCCUUGAGAGCGGCAGGGACAUCAUCAUUGAAGUGCGACCCCCUGAGGAGCUCACCAGUAUAAACGGCGUCCCCAUCGCCGCCCCAGGUAUCGAAGUGUGGAACCCGGCGUUCGACGUGACGCCUCACCAGCUCAUCACGGGGGGCAUCAUCACCGAGCUGGGGGUCUUCCUCCCCUCCGAGCUCCAGGCGGCGCUCACAGGCCGCCUCACCGCUCUCUAAAAAAAAAAAAAAAAAAAAAAAAAAAAACCCUCUCAGCGCCUCCCGCUGGUCCCGGUGCACCACUGCACAUUCACGUCACACACUCUAAAAGACACUCCUGUCUUCACUGAGGGUGCACAGCUCGUGGUUUUACUUUGGGUUUCAAACAACGCACAGUCACUGUAACAUGUCCGCGGUGCACUGUCUAAAAGUCUUGAGUAGCUCUGCCAGCUGCAGACCAGAAAAAGAAAAACGGAUUUUCCAGCGCGGAGGGGUCGAGGGGAUAUUUCCAGUCUCUCCUUUCUUUUAGAUCCUCUUUCUGUAGUCUUCACAUCUUUCCCAUGCCACGUUUUCAUUUUUCUUUUUCACCUUUUAAACUCUUUCUAAACAGCUUCUGCGGCAAACAGAGCUCAGCUGGGCUCAGUGUAAUUCAAUUUGGCAAAAAUGAAUAUCUAGAGUCAUAGCAGAGGCAAAAAAAAAAAAAAAGAAACAAUUAAAAGACGCAAUUCUUUCGAUAACAUAUCAGUCGCGGUUUCCAGAAUGCUGCUACCUACUUGUAAAUAUUUAUUCCCUGCUGGUAGUGUGUGUACAUAUGUAGAAAACUAACCUCUGCUAGUAAAAAAAAAAAGAAGGAAAAAAAAAAGUACUGCUAUUUUAACCAAAAAUAUGGUUAUUAAAAAUCAAAUCUGCCAUGUAAAAUGUUAUAUUAACAUUUAAUUUCUAUUAUUCAAGCGUAGAAGUUUUUGUCUAGAUGACUAAUCAAAAUUAUAGCUCGUAGACAUUUAAACACAGCCUUUAUUGGCCAUAUAAAAAAUAUAAAAAAAACACUUUUUUUUUUUUUUACUACCUGUACGUUUUAAUGUCUGAACCAAUCAGCUGAAGUCUUUAACAGGACAUAGCUGUAUUUAUACCUCACUUCAUGUCUUCAUCUCACAGGCUGUUCUGUAUUAUUAUACCACACAUGUAUGCUUGCAUUAUACCUAGAAACGCAAACACGUGUAUCCUGACAGUCCUGCCGUGAUCUGAGGAGGCGAGGGCAAUUUUAUAUAAUCCCGACGUUUAAAAGAAUAGUUUGCUGUAAAAUGGAGGUUUUGGCUCACUACUACUUCACCUACGACCAAUUUUAUUCACCUGCAAGUCUUUUUUUUUCUUUUUUUUAAUGCCAUUACUGUAUUACCUUUUUAACUAACAAAUUUUAAAUGUAACCUACAAAUAUUACUGGAGCUGGACAGUUCCUGGCUGAUGCCUUCACGCUUUAAGGUCAGACCUGCAAAUUCAGGUUUUCGUUGGUACUAGUUUUUAAUCUCUAAAGACUUUCCAGAGAUUGAUUUUAAUCUAACCGGAAUUUCCAAGAUUAUACGCGUUUCUGCAUCAGAGUUUAUCCUUUCUGACCUUUUUAUCUGAUUAUAGUUAAUUACUAGAAGGUGUAUCAAAGUACCUGCUUUUUACUGAUGUAUUUACAAACCAAAAGUUGUAGGAUAUUUACCUUAUCAAGAUGAUUCUUUAAAAGCCAUUAACCUAAACAAGAAAGAAAUGGAUGGAUCGGCUAAAAAGGUGAUGUGUAAAACGCAUGUCUUAUUAGGCCUGCCCUGGAUUCUGUCUUUGCCGACCGUCUUUUAUAUUCCCUCAGAUUGUAACCUGCCGCCAGGACAGCUCACAUUUUUUCAAACGUCUACUCAUUAACUCUGACGUAAAAUAAACGGUAAAGGGACGGGAUUUAUAAAACACUUUUUUUUUUUAUCCAUAACGACCACUCGGAGCGCUUUGCACUAACCCGCACACAUUCAUACACUUAGAUGCAGAUCCCCCAUAGAUUUAGGUGCCUUGCCCAGGGGCACAUCUGCAAACGUGGUAAGGAAGGAAGCUGGAAUUGAACCCACAACUGUCUGAAUGCGAGAUGGCUGCCCUACGCAUUGACCCAAUAGAAACAAACAAGUAAAAGAAAACAUUUUGAGUGAAAAGUUGCUCUUUCUGAGAAUCUGAAAUGAAAAAACCGGAGCUAAACUGUAGCAGUUUCCUUUACAGCUCAUAGGUCAAAAAAAACUUUUUUCUUUUGUUGUUUUCUUUUUUUUUUUUGUUAUUUGACCUGUUGAUCAGAGCCAAUCAAAGAAGAGUUGCCAGAUUCAGGCAAAGUAAUCAAUGCAUGUCUAAAUCUAAUCAUCAGCUGAUGUUACAUUUGUCCAAUUAUUAACAAACGUGGUUAAUCGGGGUUAAAUUUUAAUGUUUAUUAAAAAAAACGGUUUUAGCUUCUGUUACUUUGAUAUGUAUUCAUUAUCAGCCCAGCUAGUUUUACCACAGUGACUGUAGGCUGCAGAAAUAAAACCAGGCGUGAGUAGUAGAGACCUGAGACGGUUCUUUUAGGCUCUGGGUGUGUAUACGGGGGGGGAUCAUAUCGUUUCAUGCCGUAUGUGUGAAAAUCACUGCAGCAAACACGGUGACACCAGGAACAAUCUGAAUGUAAAACCUCUCUCUGCCAGACAUGUUUCAGUGUGAGGGCUUCAGACACCCGGUCACUUCUUGCCUUUGUGCUCACUUCAGAAUCAGAAUGUGCUUCAACUCUUUGGACUCUUCCCUCCUCUCACCUUAAAUUUGAUGUUUCACGCUGACCCCUCCUCAGACCUUCAUACAUGCAACUCCAACCCCAAGCAAUGUAUGAAGCAUUAAAAAGUUGUUUGGUUUUUUUCUAGUUAUUAUAUGUAUGUUAAGCCUCAGCAUAAUUUCCUUUUUCCUUUUGGAGAUUAAGAUCAUUUAGUACCAGUAUUACUGGCAGAACAGUUGCAGAGAUUUGGUAAAAGUAUAUUUACAAAAUUUCUAACUUUAUAUUUGGCAAUAUGGCGAGUCGAUGAUAUCUGAACUGCUCCCGUUGUUCAAUUUUGAACAAGCUUACUGUCUACAUACUUGUCAGACCUAAAUGAGGACUCUGCAUCUUCCCUGACAUGCAUAAGUGGAUAUUCUUAAAGGUCAAACACUAGAACCGACUUGUUUUUCUUGCUCCUUCUAGAGCGUUUCAGGAGCUGAAACAGUCCUUCCACGCGUUAUUAUGCUGAUGCUGCGUUUGGUUCGCCUCUGAAGUCGGAGCUCGGGACACGCUGGAUGUCAGGAAACCAGUGGGAGCUGCUCUCCAUCACAGGCUCUCAGUAACUAGAGGAAUAUGAUCAAUCUUCCUCUUUCCUCUCGAUUUUCCGGCAGCCUGUCCUGAUAAAUCCGGACCUCCAGCGUUGUGCGCUGAGAUCACGGAGGAUGGAGGUCCGUCCUGAAGCCUUGAGAUGCUGAAAUCCUGCUGUUUGCAGAAUCAAUAAGCCUCGUUCUCUCCAGUGAACAAGAAGCUGUCCCGUACCAUCACACGACCUCCACCAAAAGGCUGGUUUGGCAUUGGCAGAGAGAACCUGGGUAGUUUUUCACUUGAUUUGUGCUCAAAGGUGAUAUAGGACUCCGAGUCUUGGAAAGCUAGAAGCUCCGGGUCGGGUCCAAUUUCAGCUUCAAUAUGGCUGCAUUGAAAAGAUGGUCAAAGUUGCAGGAAUGAAGAGUUAUUUUUCUGACCUUCUUUAGGUUUGUGUCCGUGAUGGUGGUAUUUGUGCUCACAUAUUCAAUGGCAGUUUUCUAAUGUAUUAAAUGUGGAGGAAAAUGUUGGCUGUUGUGUUGCUGAUUCUGCCAAUCCUGUUCACAACCCACUGGUCCUCCAGCCUCAAUCUAGACAUCAUUCCCAGACCCAAAGUCCGACUUCUGAGGCAAAUCUAAAACGGCGAGAACAGGAGGGACGAAAUAGAAAGAAAGCAAUCUUUCCUUUAACAUCUGUCAACUCUUUUUUUUUUUUUUUUUUUUUUUUGAAAAAACAAAACAAAAAACUUCAGUGAGGUUACAGAUAAAACUAUUAUUUUUCUGAACAUUUGUUUCCAUGUGUGCCACUGUGAUGUAGCUAUAGAAAAAGAAAAGUAUACAUAUUUACAUAUAUACAAACAUAUGCAUAUAUUUGAAGAGGCCAAACCCUACAAGAGUAAUUAAUUAAAGAGCAAAGAUUAUUAAGAAAAUGUUUUUUUUUUUAAAUCAUAAAGCUAAACAUAUCUUGGGUGCAUUCACGUGUUUUUGGCUUUUAUUUUUGCAAAUUAUUUGAAAAUUGCACACGAUGCCAGAGCAAUUAUUGGAUAUGUUUUACCUUAAAAUCUCAGCACAUCUGAACGAGGCUGUGAGACGAUGCUUUCAUCCUCCAGCAGCCUUUACUUUUGACGCCCGACUCGCUUCCAGGUAUCCAAUUAAUUUCCUAAAAUCCAACUUGGAGGCUUUUUUUUCCUUUUUGAAAAAAUAAAAAUCAACAAACAUUGAGUCCUCCCUCUGAAGUCUGCCAUGAGCUGUUUACACUGUGGGCUUUUCUGCUGAAAACCAACCUACUGUAAUGCUACAUCCAGACAAUAUAUCAGCGGCUUCGAUAAUAAACGCAACAUAGUUUGGACAAUCAGUCCGUUGCUGUCACGCGUUGCAAAAACAAAAAAAAAUCAAAACUGGGUUUAUCGUCGCUACAAACAACUGGAAGACCUUUUUCUUGCAUUUAAACAUUGCAUCAUUUAAAAAAAAAAUUAAAGGAGGAGAAAAACCUCCAGGUCAUAACCCUAAUCUUGUGGAUUUUGCUGUUGGUUUCAUAUUAACUUGCAACUUAAAUGCACAGUUUUUGUCCAGAAAAAGAAGAAAGAAAAAAAAGAAGAUAAAAGACCCUUUGUGUUGAUGAUAAUCACAGUAUCUAUCACUCGACUAUAUGUUAUUAUAAAGCUGUAAAGUUGUCUCACUGCGUUGUUUUUUUUUCUCUCCCAUUUAACCUCGACUCACAAAGAUAGGUCACCCGCGAGCGUAUCGAACUUUUCAACAAAUGUUUCUCUUUGGGUUUUGUACAGUUCAAGACGCAUAUUUUCUGGGGGCGUUUUUUAUUUUUGACGACGCUCCACGCGUAUGUAGCAACUAUGAGGCCAUUUGAUCCGUAACAAACCUCCGUCUCUCUUUCUUUUUUUUUAAGCGGUACAGUCUCUUUGUCUGUCUGUCCGUCCAUGGUAGUUUAUACCCGUCUGACUGUGGUCUGUUUUAUUCCCUGAUCAUUGUUGUGACUCUGUGCGUAGGCCAUUAGAACACCACGCUGGGGAGGCCUCCUCGGCCAAAACACACUACCUCUCCGUCUGCCUGCAUGGACUCUGAACACAAGCACUCGGUCCGCUCCAGCAGAGCAGACCGACUUUAAGAAAACAAACCUGGACUGAAACUUUAAUCGGUUUUUAACGUCUUUAAGCGCCAACACGAAAUGUAACUCUGUGGCUAGAUUGUGGGUUUCCGCCGACAAAGCAGGUUUUUAUUUUAUUUUAAUUUUUUUAUUUUAUUUUUUCUUACAGCAAGUGUUCGAGAGGUUAAUAGACCCGACAUGUUCUGGUGCCAAAAAUCCAGUUUCCACAUUGACUUCAGUGAUCAGAGUAGGUGCUUGUGCUUUAUUGCAAAAGGAAUCACAGUGGAGGGAGUGCUGUUCACAUGGCCUCUUUAAGUGCAAGUUUCUCAUUGUUGUUAUUAUUGAUAAUCUCUGUUUAAGUUUGUAACGUGGAAAUGGUUCCAAACUGGAUUCUUAUAUAUCAUGAAUGAAGAGAUUUCUCUUUCACAUCGGUACAGAGAAGAAGAAAAAAAAAGAAUAAAAUGGUAAAAAGG